AUGCUAUCUGUCCUGAGACUGUCGGCACGCCAGGCCGGUGUCGCCAGCCGGCGCGCCGGUGCUGUUGCGGUGCCUGCCGGUCGCUUUGCUUCGUCGUGGGCCAACGUGCCCCAAGGCAUCACGGAAGCCUUCAAGGCCGACUCGUUCCCGGAAAAGAUCAACCUCGGUGUCGGCGCCUACCGCGACGAUGCCGGCAAGCCGUACGUCCUGCCGUCCGUGCGGACCGCCGAGGACAAGGUGAUUGCCCAGCGCCUCAACAAGGAGUACGCCGGCAUCACCGGCCUGCCCGACUUCACCAAGGGCGCCGCCGAGCUCGCCUACGGCGCCGACAGCCCGGCCCUCGGCCGCAUCGCCAUCACCCAGUCCAUUUCCGGCACGGGUGCCCUGCGCAUCGGCGCGGCCUUCCUCGAGCGCUUCUACCCCGGCGGCGCCGACCGGCCCAAGGAGAUCUACAUCCCGACGCCCUCGUGGGCCAACCACAACGCCGUCUUCACCGACGCCGGCCUGACCGUCAAGAAGUACCGCUACUACGACCCGGCCACCAUCGGCCUCGACUUUGAGGGCCUGCUGGCCGACGUGCGCGCCGCCCCCAAGGGCUCCGUCUUCAUGCUGCACGCCUGCGCGCACAACCCCACGGGCGUCGACCCCACGGAGGCGCAGUGGGUCGAGAUCGAGGCGGCCGUCCGGGCGGCGGGCCACUCCGUCUUCUUCGACAUGGCCUACCAGGGCUUCGCGUCGGGCGACGCCGCCAAGGACGCCUUUGCGCUGCGCUACUUUGUCAGCAAGGGCCACCAGCCGGUGCUGUCGCAGUCGUUUGCCAAGAACAUGGGCCUCUACGGCGAGCGCGUCGGCGCCUUUAGCGUCGUCUGCGCCGACGCCGCCGAGGUGAAGCGCGUCGACUCGCAGAUCAAGAUCCUCGUGCGCCCCCUCUACUCGAACCCGCCCGUGCACGGCGCGCGCAUCGCCGGCACCAUCCUGGGCGACGCCGCCCUCAAGGCGCAGUGGCUGGGCGAGGUCAAGGGCAUGGCCGACCGCAUCAUUGCCAUGCGCAAGCUGCUGCGCGACAACCUCGAGGCGCUGGGCAGCAAGCACGACUGGUCGCACAUUACGAGCCAGAUUGGCAUGUUUGCCUACACGGGCCUGAAGCCCGAGCAGAUGGACGCGCUGGCCAAGGAGCACUCCGUGUACGCCACCAAGGACGGCCGCAUCUCGGUGGCCGGCAUCACGAGCGCCAACGUCGGCCGCCUGGCCGAGGCCAUCUUCAAGGUCACGGGUUAA